AUGCCUAGAAUUCCCGAAGACUUUAUCACUUUAAACGGCGAUCAGAAUGUGUGGUCUGUAUUGACAUUCAAUGAGCCGCUAACUGUUGACCGAAAACUUGUGGCGAGCGGUUCCUUAAGCGGACAGAAUCUCCAUAAAUUGGCGACAGAAUCCCUUCUUAGAGACAAACCUCAAGUCCUUUCGCAUCCAAUUAAAUUUGAAACUAUUGUAUUCAGAGGUGAUGUUCUGGUGGCCCAUCACGUUGACAAUGUAGACCUGAGCGCACUUGCCUUAAGAGUAUACGGUUUCACAAGUCGUACAUUUGUAUUAAAUGGGGAAGAAUUUGUCGUUCACAUGAGUCCUUAUUCUUACAACUUUUCUGCUUAUAUCUCCAAAUCUGAUCAAAUGGUCGCACCGAUCGGUUCCUCUAUUAGCUAUAUUGAAGUUUUCAGCUUAAGUCCAACAAUUGUUUUCUUAAUUUCAUAUCAAACAACAACUGGAAAACUAUUGGUUCACUCACUGGAGACUGAUUCACACAACAAGUAUAAGUUUAGUCAAGUGACCGAAUCUAAUGUGGGAACCGGCACUUCAAAAGUGGUGGCGUUUAUGCGUCAAAACCAGGUGUAUGUAGUGGUAGCCAAACAGUAUGGACUGAAUUGCAUGACUGACAACACCGGCACUUUGAUACUUAUCCUAAGAAACUACCGGACAUUGGAAUUAAUUCAAACCAUUCCUGUACUCAAUGUCGGAGAUGUCGUCCACUUUGAAAACUAUGGAUUUCUGAUAAACCUGAUUUGGAAACAAACGGGUGAAUCGGGUUUUACACAGAGCUGGACGUUGACCGCAAAGAGCGCCAGAGCUGUGACACCAAGUUAUAAGUGUCACGAAUCGAUGAUAUUUAAAGCCGAAACGCGUGGUAACGUCAAUUAA